AUGUACAAAUAAUAUGAUAUUGUCAAUUUAUUAUACCAUGCCAUAAUAAUAAUAUGAUUGGUAAUGGAUCAAUCGUGGUUGGGCAUCGAGAGGUACGUACGUAGGUGCUUCUAGUUGUGUCCAUCUCUAUAAUUAGGACUCGUCAUGUAUUAAAUCUGGUGAUCCCUUCAGAACUCUCAUACUCGUCUCUCUCUCGUCGCUCUCUCUCUCUCUGUCUCACUCUCUCGACCCUCUCAGCUAUCUCUUAGAACUCACUCUCUCUCUUGCUCUCUCUCUCUCUCUCUCUCUCUCUCUCUCUCUCUCUCUCUCUCUCUCUCUCUCUCAGACUCAGACUCUCUCGAUCGCUUGCUCUCUGUGCUAGAUUGGAUCGUGGAAUCUUUUUCUACAAGCACCGAGCAACAGUAAGGGACAAUACUCUGUGAUUUUAUCUGAUUAGGUGGCCGGGUUGAUUUUAUGAGAUGCUAGGUUCGUUGUCAAAGAAGUGGGUUGAGAACUCUUCCACACAGUGCUGCUAUAACAUUAACUGUUGAUUGGCACCCGACUUUACCCAUUUCCGUUAGUGGAUCAGCUGAUAACUCGCUCCUAAUGUGUACACAAAUUUGAAUUCUCAGCACACAAUGUACUACCUGGAGGAUCUGUCCCUGAUUUUGGGCGACCACAUCAUUUCUUUAUUCUUCCUGAAGGUGUAUUGCUUGCUACAAAUAUUCACUCAUCAUCUUGUGGAAUGAAAGCCUCGCCCCUACUUAGGCUGUUUCUGUUGGACUCAUGCAUUUUCCUUUGAAGUACUCUCACUGCCAAAAUCCGAUCUAUCUUGAUUUUCCCAUUCUCUCUUCUCUUCAUCUUUGCUUUUCUUAUCUCUCAUUGGUACAAUAGUUUUUUGGUUGCUUUUCUACUUGCACAAAAAUCCAAAAACCAUUGGAACAAGAAUGGAGAUCAUUAUUUCAAUUGCAGCGAAAAUAGUAGAGUACACUGUUGCACUUGUUGGACAGUGGCUAUGCUAUUCAUUUCACUACAACAGCAACAUAGAGAAUCUGAAGAAACAGGAAGAGAAGCUGCAACAUGCUCAAGAAAGAGUGAAUCAGUCCGUUAAUGAUGCUUUAAGAAAGGGUGAGAAAAUUUAUUCUGAUGUUAACAAGUGGUUGAAAGAGGUUUGUGAAAUUACAACAUUGGCCACUAGGAUACUUCGCAAACAUGAAGAAGAAGCAAAGACGAGGAGCUCUCAUGCGACAUGCCUGAACUUGAAGCAACGACAUCAAUUGAGCCAAGAAGUAAAUAAGAUAACUAGAAAUAUAGUUAAACAUCUUGAAAAUGGAAACUUCAAUGGAGUUUCUUAUCUUCCUGCCUCACAAGACCAUAUUGUGACUACAAGAGACAAGAAUUACGUGACCUUAGAGUCGAGAAAGUCAGUUGCGAACGAAAUUAUAGAGGCACUGAGAGAUGCUAAUGUAAAAAAGAUUGGUGUGUGGGGGAUGCCUGGAGUUGGAAAGAGUACAUUGAUGAAAGAAAUUGUGAGGCGAGCAAAGGAAGAAAAGCUCUUCAAUGGGGUUAUUCUGGAGGUUGUAAAGGAGAGAUCAGAGCUUAGUCGAAUUCGAGGAGAAAUUGCGGUCAUGCGACAUCAAGUUCAGCUUUUUCGUCAACAAACUGAAAUCAGAAGUGCAGAUCUACAACAAGAGAGUUCAACAAAAGACGCGACGAAGUUACCUGUUACCCUGGAUUAUCAGCUUCAUUGUCAACAAACUGAAAUCAGAAGAGCAGAUCUACAACAAGAGAGUUCAACAAAAGACACGACGAAGUUACUUGUUAUCCUAGAUGAUAUAUGGGAGCAACUUGGAUUGGAAGACAUAGGAAUUCCUUCUGAAGGAUGCAAAGUAGUAUUGACAUCGAGAAAUCGAGAUGUAUUAGUUCGUGAGAUGGGCACCAAAAAGAAUUUUGAACUCAAGAGUUUAGUAGAAGUAGAGGCGUGGAAGUUAUUUAUAAACACGGCGGGUGAUUCCUUCAAGGAUCCUGCUGUGUCAGAAGUAGCAAUUAGGGUAGCUAAAGAGUGUGCAGGUCUUCCCAUUGCACUUACAGCAGUUUCUAAGGCAUUGAAAGGUAAGAGCUUGACUAUAUGGAAGGAUGCGGAGUUGCGACUAAAAAGACCCCCUCCUGCAGACACCCCCCCAGAAAUACUGUCACCCGCAUUUUCUUGCAUAAAGCUGAGUUAUGAUCAGCUUGCUACAGAGGAGCAAAAAUCCAUCUUUUUGCUUUGUGCUCUACUAGGCCACUAUAUUCUCUACGAGGACUUGUUGAAAUAUGGUUUCGGUUUGGGUUUAUUCGAAGGCAUUGUCACAUUGGAAGAAGCAAGACAUAGACUAAAUAGUUUACUUAGUACUCUACAAGACUCUUGUUUGCUACUUGAAAGUUCGGAUAGCACCAGGGAAUUUUCCAUGCAUGAUGUUGUACGUUAUGUCGCUACAAUGAUUGGAUCAAAGGAUGGUAAGAUGUUUGUCAUGAGAGACAAUGGUGGACUAAAAGCAUGGCCAGAUGAAGAUUCACUCAAAAGAUAUGAGGCAUUCUCUGUUCUUGGUGGAGAAAUCGAGAAAGGUCAUUCUUUGGAAAUCCCGGAUACAUUGUUCCAAGGUAUGGACAAGCUCAAAGUUUUAGAUUUGAGGAAAAUGCAACUUUUAUCACUUCCUUCGUCUCUUCUUCUCCUUGGAAACCUACAAACAUUAUGUCUGGAUCAAUGUAGUAUGUUGGAAGACAUAUCUGGUAUUGGAGAACUCAAGAAUUUAGUUGUUCUUAGUCUUCUUGACUCUAAUAUUUCAAAAUUGCCAAGAGAAAUAGGGUCAUUGGUUCAUUUGCGGUUGUUAGACUUGAGUAAUUGUUCUAACCUUAAAAUGAUUCCUCCAAAUGUCAUAUCAAGCUUGGUCAAAUUAGAAGAGUUGUAUAUGGGAAACAGCUUUGUUCAAUGGGAGUCUGAAGGUCUCAUUGAUGAAAGAAAAAAUGCCAACCUUGCUGAGUUAAAGGAUUUGUCACUUCUGAACACUUUAGAGAUACAAAUUCCAGACGUCAGCAAACUACCGAAAGACUUCAAUAUUAAAAAGUUGGAGAUAUGCAUAGGAGAUGUUUGGCACUGGAUUGAUGGUGCUCAAUCCUCAAGAACGCUCAAGCUGAAGUCAAGCUUUCAGUUGGAGUUAAGUUGGAUCAAAAUGCUAUUGAAGAGUGUGGAAGUUUUUCAUUUAGAUGAGUUGAAUGGUGUUAAGAGUGUUAUACCUAGACUAAAUGUAGAAGGUUUUCAACAAUUGAAGCAUCUCCAGAUCCAAAAUAAUGGAGAGAUUAAGCAUAUUCAUAACCUGAGGACACCAAUUAGUUUGGAAGAAAUAUGUCAUGAAAAACUUCCCUCGGAAUCCUUUAAACACUUGAGAGUUCUGAAGGUGGAAAAUUGUGAGAAAUUAAGAUUCGUCUUCUCAUCAUCCAUAGCAAGUGGCCUUUCACUACUUGAAGAAUUGCAAGUAUGUGGGUGUGACAACAUGGGUGCGAUAAUUGUGGAAGAAGAAGAAGAUGUAAUAGAAUAUGGAGAUCAUAUGAUAUUGGUCAAUCGACUGCAAACCUUGAUACUGAAGGACCUUCCAAAGCUCGUAAGCUUCUUAAGCACAAAAAGUUCAAUCAUGACUGAUUGCGGAGAAAUCAUUAAGGAGGGUAACCGGGAUGUUCACAUGCCACUUCUACACCAUCAGGCUGCCUUCCCUAGCUUGAAAAGAAUGUCUAUGGUGAAUUGUGGGGUGGAGGAAAUUGUUGCAGGCGGAGGAGGAGAGCCAGUAGCAAGGAUGUUGGUGUUCCCUCAAGUAACUAAUUUGAAUCUUAUAAAUUUAAAGAGAUUCAAGUGGUUUUACAAAGAAGUGUAUGCUUCAAAAUGGCCCAUGUUGAAAAAUAUGUGGAUUGAAGGAUGCGAGAAAGUGGAGAUAUUUGCUUCAAGACUUGUGAGCUUUCAAGAAACAGUUGAAGAGUGGCGGUCUAAGAUGUCCAUUCAACAAUCCCUUUUCUUGGUGGAUGAUGAUGAGAUAGCAUUCCCAAGCUUGGAGACGUUAACAAUUUCACAUAUGGAUAACUUGAUAACCAUAUGGCACGACCAAGUCACAGCAGAUUCCUUUUGCAAUAUUCAAUUACUUGAGGUUACAUUUUGUGAGAGCUUGAAAAGUUUAUUUCCAGCAGUCUUGGUGGCUACAAGUCUCACGCAAUUGAAGAUUCUUAAGAUAUGCAAUUGUGGGAUUGAGGAGAUUGUCACAAGAGGAGGAGAUCAAGAAGAAACACCAAGGUUUGUGUUCCCUCGUAUGAGUAUACUACAUCUUGAUGGGCUGGAAAAACUCAAGUGGUUUUAUCCAGGAGUGCACACUUCAGAAUGGCCAUUAUUGAAAGUGAUAUGGGUGGGAGGAUGUCAAAAAAUUGAGAUAUUUGCUUCAGAAUACAUGAGCUUUCAAGAGGCACUUGAAAAAAGUCGACAAAGCAAUAUCUCAAGUCACCAACCCCUUUUCUUGGUUGAUCAAGAUCAAGUCGCAUUCCCUAGUUUGGAAAUACUGAUAAUCACCCACAUGGAUGACAUGAAAGUUAUAUGGAAUACCCAAUUUGUAGAAGGUUCCUUUUGCAAACUUCAGAAUAUGGGUGUUGAAUAUUGUGCAAAUCUUAAUAGCAUCUUUCCAUUUCAUAUGUUUAAAGUCUUCCAGAGUCUAGAGUUGCUGAAUGUAGUCCAUUGCAGUUCUCUAAAACAAGUGUUUGACCUACAAGGGCCAAGUUUUCAAGAAACAAAUGUUAUAACAGUCACACAAUUGAAGCACUUAUAUUUGGAUCAUCUGCCCAAGUUGAAGCACAUAUCGAAUAAGGAUCCUCGUGAUAUUUUGAGCUUUCAAAAUCUACGUCGUGUACGUGUCAUCGGGUGCGAGAGCAUGGAAUGUCUCUUUCCAGCUUCCAUGGCCAGAACUCUCACGGAAUUGGAAUCUCUUGUGGUAUUGGGUUGCGGGGUUGAGGUCAUUGUUGAUAUGGAAGAAGCAGAAGGGAGACUUGUGUUCCCUAAACUAACUUUUCUGGCACUCGAGGCAUUGCGAAAACUCAAGUGGAUUUCCCCCGGGGCUCAUAAUUUAGAAUUGCCAGUGUUGAAAGAAUUGAGAGCGUGGGGAUGUGACCAAGUUAGCAUAUUUGCUUCUAAAUUCUCAAGAUUUCAAGAAAUAAGUCAACAGUGUCUACUUGAGAGUUCCAUUCAACAUCCUCUUUUCUUGGUUGAAGAGGGUACAUUUCCAAAAUUGGAGGUCUUGAGUUCGGAUCUUCAUGACAUGACCACAUGGCAUGACCAGCUGUUUAUAGAGUCCUGCAACUUAAAAGUUCUAGAGGUGCAAUGCAACCAUGAUACAUCAGCUAUUUUUCCAUCUAAUUUACUAAAAAGUUUGCAGAAUCUGGAGAAACUUGUUGUGAGCUGUAAUGAUUGGCAUGAAAUAUUCCCAUUUGAAGAAUUUAUUGGGCCAGGAAAUCAUGCCAUGUUACUCCCACAACUAAAAGAGCUUAGGGUGUCUAAAGCACGAAUGCUGACACAUUUGUGGAAAGAAGACAUCCAGGAAUCUCUAGUUUUUCAUAAAGUACUGGAAAUUCUAGCAGUGUCAGAAUGUCACAAAUUGAAAAGUUUAGUGCCAUCCUCGGUAUGUUUCCACAAUUUGACAGAUCUUGAGAUAUUGAGUUGUAAUGGAUUGAUCCAUUUAAUAACAUACCCAACAGCCAAAAGCUUGGUGCAGCUCAAAAAAAUGAGUGUAAGCUCAUGCGAAGGAAUAACAGAAAUUAUGGCGAAGGGGAAUGAUCAAGCCAAAGUGGUGAUUACAUUCAGCAAAUUGACUUGCUUAAAAUUUGAUUGCUUACCAAACUUCACAAGCUUUUGCUCGGAAAGUUAUUCUAUUAUGUUCCCGUAUUUGGAAGAAGUAUUUGUAGGAGAAUGCCCUGUGAUGAAAACUUUCAGUCACGGAGUCCUAAGCACACCAAAGCUAAAAGGUGUCCAAGCAACAACAAGAGGAGAGAAAUCACAUACCGAUUGGAAGAAUAACCUGAAUAGCACCAUACAUUCGCUUUGGAAGAACAAACAAGUUUGAUUGCCAGCAAUCUAUUCAAAGAAAG